AUGCAAGAAUCCAUAGUUCGUUACGAUUUAGUAACAUUUAAAAAUCUUAAAAAUAAGUAUGUGACGGAUUGCAAGUUGGAAGUUGAAUUAGUGAUAGAUCCGGCAUUUACGGCUUCCCUCACUGACUGGGUUGGCCUGUUCAAAGUUGGCUGGCUCCAAUCAGAUGAAAGAAUUCUGGCAAAGUAUGUCAAGGAACUGAAUCCUGAUAGCAAGGAGAGCUUCAUUUUUCAGCUUGAUGUUGAAAAACUCGAAGUGGAUGAGACAGAAUUUUAUCAUUUCUGUUAUGUGACAUCAGACGAUAGAUUAGCUGGCAUUAGUAAAGUUUUCCAGUUCAUAGUUGAUGAUUUUGAAGUCAUUGAUGACACUUCUAUGCUAACAGUUCCCAACGAAAGUCGAUGUAGUCUGGUUGAUAUGAAAAGUGUUGAUGUUGUUAAAAGCCUAAAUAUCCAAGGUGAUUCUUCACUGACAACAAAAUUUAAAGAGUUGGAGUGUGAGAAUGAUAAACUAAAGUCUCAAGUUGAUGAAUUGCUUUCAGAAAAAUUUGUGUUAGAAGAAGAAGUAAAGUUAUUAAAAGAACAACAACCACUCCCGGACAACAACAACAACUCACAAAAUGACAUCAUCAACAGCAGCAACAACAACAACAGCACAAGUAUUGAAAUAGUUGAAAAGUUGCAAAGAGAUAAUGAAAAAUUGAGUGAGAGAUUGAGAGAACUGGAGAUUGAAAAUAAAAGAAUAAAGUUAGAUUCUACUAGGAGUGUCUUACCACAUCAGGAAGAAGUACGAGCAACAGCUCCAAGAUCGUUUUCAUUCAUGGAUAGUUAUUUCACUGACAAUAAUGACAACAACGGCAUCCUUAAUUUCGAGGCACAGCAAAACAUCAAUAACAUCAACAACAACGCAAUGAUUCCACCAACAUCGGCGGAGAUAGCUAGGCCUAUUGGUUUCAGUUUUCCUAAUAGUGAAUACAUCAAUAACAACUUUCCUGCUUACAAUAAUAACAUCAACGUGCAGACUUAUGUACAUUGA